ACUUCUAUGCGCGCGGGCACGAGCCGUGGCGGGAGUGCGCGGCGGCGGCGGCGGCCGCCCCUUGGGGCUUGGGGUGUGUUUAUUUGCAUAAGCGGGCGCGCGCCGUCCGGGCUGGGUGGAUCCGGCGGGAUUUGACUGCUCCGGUGUCCAGAGGCGGAGAAGAAGAGGCAGCGAGUGGACGUGACUGCUCUAUCCCGGGCAAAAGGGAUAGAACCGGAGGUGGGGAGUCUGGGCAGUCGGCGACCUGCGAAGACUUGAGGUGCCGCAGCGGCGUCCAGAGUAGCGCCGGGCUCCCCCCGGCGUGCAGCCGCCGUCGGGGGAAGGGCGCCACAGGCCGGGAAGACCUCCUCCCUUUGUGUCCAGGAGUGGGGUCCACCAGAGGGCGGCCCGUGGGCCGGGCCUCACCGCGGCGCCCCGGGACGGUGGGGUCAGGCUGCGUUGAGUGGACGCCCACCUCGCCAACCUUCGGAGGUCCCUGGGAGUCUUCGUGCGCCCUGGGGCUGCAGAGAUCCAGGGGAGGCGCCUGUGAGGCCCGGACCUGCCCCGGGGCGAAGGGUAUGUGACGAGACAGAGCCCUGCACCCCUAAUUCCCGGUGGAAAACUCCUGUUGCCGUUUCCCUCCACCGGCCUGGAGUCUCCCAGUCUUGUCCCGGUAGUGCCGCCCUUCCCAGUAAGACCUAGGCGCAAAGGCUUGGCUCAUGGUUGACAGCUCAGAGAGCGAAAGAUCUGAGGGAAGAUGGAUGCAAAAGCUCGAAAUUGUUUGCUUCAACAUAGAGAAGCUCUGGAAAAGGACAUCAAGACAUCCUACAUCAUGGAUCACAUGAUUAGUGAUGGAUUUUUAACAAUAUCAGAAGAGGAAAAAGUAAGAAAUGAGCCCACUCAACAGCAAAGAGCAGCUAUGCUAAUUAAAAUGAUACUUAAAAAAGAUAAUGAUUCCUACGUAUCAUUCUACAAUGCUCUACUACAUGAAGGAUAUAAAGAUCUUGCUGCCCUUCUCCAUGAUGGCAUUCCUGUUGUCUCUUCUUCCAGUGGUAAAGAUUCAGUUAGUGGAAUAACUUCAUAUGUAAGGACAGUCCUGUGUGAAGGUGGAGUACCACAAAGGCCAGUUGUUUUUGUCACAAGGAAGAAGCUGGUGAAUGCAAUUCAGCAGAAGCUCUCCAAAUUGAAGGGUGAACCAGGAUGGGUCACCAUACAUGGAAUGGCAGGCUGUGGGAAGUCUGUAUUAGCUGCAGAAGUUGUUAGAGAUCAUUCCCUUUUAGAAGGUUGUUUCCCAGGGGGAGUGCAUUGGGUUUCAGUUGGGAAACAAGACAAAUCUGGGCUUCUGAUGAAACUGCAGAAUCUUUGCACACGGUUGGAUCAGGAUGAGAGUUUUUCCCAGAGGCUUCCACUUAAUAUUGAAGAGGCUAAAGACCGUCUCCGCAUUCUGAUGCUUCGCAAACACCCAAGGUCUCUGUUGAUCUUGGAUGAUGUUUGGGACUCUUGGGUAUUGAAAGCUUUUGACAAUCAGUGUCAGAUUCUUCUUACAACCAGAGACAAGAGUGUUACAGAUUCAGUAAUGGGUCCUAAAUAUGUAGUCCCUGUGGAGAGUUCCUUAGGAAAAGAAAAAGGACUUGAAAUUUUAUCCCUUUUUGUUAAUAUGAAGAAGGCAGAUUUGCCAGAACAAGCUCAUAGUAUUAUAAAAGAAUGUAAAGGCUCUCCCCUUGUAGUAUCUUUAAUUGGUGCACUUUUACGUGAUUUUCCCAAUCGCUGGGAGUACUACCUCAAACAGCUUCAGAAUAAGCAGUUUAAGAGAAUAAGGAAAUCUUCGUCUUAUGAUUAUGAGGCUCUAGAUGAAGCCAUGUCUAUAAGUGUUGAAAUGCUCAGAGAAGACAUCAAAGAUUAUUACAUAGAUCUUUCCAUCCUUCAGAAGGACGUUAAGGUGCCUACAAAGGUGUUGUGUAUUCUCUGGGACAUGGAAACUGAAGAAGUUGAAGACAUACUGCAGGAGUUUGUAAAUAAGUCUCUUUUAUUCUGUGAUCGGAAUGGAAAGUCGUUUUGUUAUUAUUUACAUGAUCUUCAAGUAGAUUUUCUUACAGAGAAGAAUUGCAGCCAGCUUCAGGAUCUACAUAAGAAGAUAAUCACUCAGUUUCAGAGAUAUCACCAGCCGCAUACUCUUUCACCAGAUCAGGAAGACUGUAUGUAUUGGUGCAACUUUCUGGCCUAUCACAUGGCCAGUGCCAAGAUGCACAAGGAACUUUGUGCUUUAAUGUUUUCCCUGGAUUGGAUUAAAGCAAAAACAGAACUUGUAGGCCCUGCUCAUCUGAUUCAUGAAUUUGUGGAAUACAGACAUAUACUAGAUGAAAAGGAUUGUGCAGUCAGUGAGAAUUUUCAGGAGUUUUUAUCUUUAAAUGGACACCUUCUUGGACGACAGCCGUUUCCUAAUAUUGUACAACUGGGUCUCUGUGAGCCGGAAACUUCAGAAGUUUAUCAGCAAGCUAAGCUGCAGGCCAAGCAGGAGGUCGAUAAUGGAAUGCUUUACCUGGAAUGGAUAAACAAAAAAAACAUCACGAAUCUUUCCCGCUUGGUUGUCCGCCCCCACACAGAUGCUGUUUACCAUGCCUGCUUUUCUGAGGAUGGUCAGAGAAUAGCUUCUUGUGGAGCUGAUAAAACCUUACAGGUGUUCAAAGCUGAAACAGGAGAGAAACUUUUAGAAAUCAAGGCUCAUGAGGAUGAAGUGCUUUGUUGUGCAUUCUCUACAGAUGACAGAUUUAUAGCAACCUGCUCAGUGGAUAAAAAAGUGAAGAUUUGGAAUUCUAUGACUGGGGAACUAGUACACACCUAUGAUGAGCACUCAGAGCAAGUCAAUUGCUGCCAUUUCACCAACAGUAGUCGUCGUCUUCUCUUAGCCACUGGGUCAAGUGACUGCUUCCUCAAACUUUGGGAUUUGAAUCAAAAAGAAUGUCGAAAUACCAUGUUUGGUCAUACAAAUUCAGUCAAUCACUGCAGAUUUUCACCAGAUGAUAAGCUUUUGGCUAGUUGUUCAGCGGAUGGAACCUUAAAGCUUUGGGAUGUGACAUCAGCAAACGAGAGGAAAAGCAUUAAUGUGAAACAGUUCUUCCUAAAUUCAGAGGACCCUCAAGAGGAUAUGGAAGUGAUAGUGAAGUGUUGUUCGUGGUCUGCUGAUGGUGCAAGGAUAAUGGUGGCAGCAAAAAAUAAAAUCUUUCUUUUUGACAUUCAUACCAGUGGCAUAUUGAGAGAAAUCCACAUGGGCCAUCACAGCACCAUCCAGUACUGUGACUUCUCCCCACAAAACCAUUUGGCAGUGGUUGCUUUGUCCCAGUACUGUGUAGAGUUGUGGAAUAUAGACUCAUGUUCAAAGGUGGCUGACUGCAGAGGACAUUUAAGUUGGGUUCAUGGUGUGAUGUUUUCUCCUGAUGGAUCAUCAUUUUUGACAUCUUCUGAUGACCAGACAAUCAGGCUCUGGGAGACAAAGAAAGUAUGUAAGAACUCUGCUGUAAUGUUAAAGCAAGAAGUAGAUGUUGUGUUUCAAGAAAAUGAAGUGAUGGUCCUUGCAGUUGACCAUAUAAGACGUCUGCAACUCAUUAAUGGAAAAACAGGUCAGAUUAAUUAUCUGACUGAAGCUCAAGUUAGCUGCUGUUGCUUAAGUCCACAUCUUCAGUACAUUGCAUUUGGAGACGAAAAUGGAGCCAUUGAGAUUUUAGAACUUGUAAACAAUAGAAUCUUCCAGUCCAGGAUUCGGCACAAGACAACUGUAUGGCACAUCGAGUUCACGGCCGAUGAGAAGACUCUUAUUUCAAGUUCUGAUGAUUCUGAAAUUCAGGUAUGGAAUUGGCAUUUGGACAAAUUUAUCUUUCUACGAGCCCAUCAGGAAACAGUGAAAGACUUUAGACUCUUGAAAAAUUCAAGACUGCUUUCUUGGUCAUUUGAUGGAACAGUGAAGGUAUGGAAUAUUGUUACUGGAAAUAAAGAAAAAGACUUUGUCUGUCACCAGGGUACAGUACUUUCUUGUGACAUUUCUCAUGAUGCUACCAAGUUUUCGUCUACCUCUGCUGACAAGACUGCAAAGAUCUGGAGUUUUGAUCUCCUUUUGCCACUUCAUGAAUUGAGGGGCCACAACGGCUGUGUGCGCUGCUCUGCCUUCUCUGUGGACAGUACCCUGCUGGCAACGGGAGAUGACAAUGGAGAAAUCAGGAUAUGGAAUGUCUCAAACGGUGAGCUUCUUCAUUUGUGUGCUCCGCUUUCAGAAGAAGGAGCUGCUACCCAUGGAGGCUGGGUGACUGACCUUUGCUUUUCUCCAGAUGGCAAAAUGCUUAUCUCUGCUGGAGGAUAUAUUAAGUGGUGGAACGUUGUCACUGGGGAAUCCUCACAGACCUUCUACACGAAUGGAACCAAUCUUAAGAAAAUACAUGUGUCCCCUGACUUCAAAACGUAUGUGACUGUGGAUAAUCUUGGUAUUUUAUAUAUUUUACAGACUUUAGAAUAAAAUAGUUAAGCAUUAAUGUAGUUGAACUUUUUAAAUUUUUGAAUUGGAAAAAAAUUCUAAUGAAACUCUGACAUCAACUUUUUAUAAAGCUCUGAAUUGUUUUGCAGUAUUGCAUUCAUUACAAAAGUGUUUGUGGUUGGAUGAAUAAUAUUAAUGUAGCUUUUUCCCAAAUGAACAUACCUUUAAUCUUGUUUUUCAUGAUCAUCAUUAACAGUUUGUCCUUAGGAUGCAAAUGAAAAUGUGAAUACAUACCUUGUUGUACUGUUGGUAAAAUUCUGUCUUGAUGCAUUCAAAAUGGUUGACAUAAUUAAUGAGAAGAAUUUGGAGGAAAUUGGUAUUUUAAUACUGUCUGUAUUUAUUACUGUUAUGCAGGCUGUGCCUCAGGGUAGCAGUGGCCUGCUUUUUGAACCACACUUACCCCAAGGGGGUUUUGUUCUCCUAAAUGCAAUCUUAGUUUUUUUGCACUCUUUAAAUUUGCUUUAAAAAUAUUGUGUCUGUGUGCAUAGUCUGCAGCAUUUCCUUUAAUUGACUCAAUAAGUGAGUCUUGGAUUUAGCAGGCCCCCCCACCCCCCGCCUUUUUUUUUUUUGAGACGGAGUCUUGCUCUGUUGCCAGGCUGGAGUGCAGUGGCGUGAUCUCGGCUCACCACAACCGCUGCCUCCUGGGUUCAAGCAGUUCUCCUGCCUCAGACUCCCGAGUAGCUGGGACUACAGGCGUGCACACACGCCAAGCUAAUUUUUGUAUUUUUAGUAGAGAUGGGGUUUCACUAUGUUGGCCAGGAUGGUCUCGAUCUCUUGACCUCAUGAUCUACCCACCUUGGCCUCCCAAAGUGCUGAGAUUACAGGCGUGAGCCACCAUGCCUGGCCAGGCCCCUUCUCUUUUAAUGGAGACAGGGUCUUGCACUAUCACCCAGGCUGGAGUACAGUGGCAUAAUCAUACCUCAUUGCAGCCUCAAACUCCUGGGUUCAAGCAGUCCUCCUGCCUCAGCCUCCCAAGUAGCUGAGACUACAGGCACGAGCCACCACACCCAGCUAAUUUUUAAAUUUUCUUGUAGAGACAGGGUCUCACUAUGUUGUCUAGCCUGGUCUUGAACUCUUGGCCUCAAGUAAUCCUCCUGCCUCAGCCUCCCAAAGUGUUGGGAUUGCAGAUGUGAGCCACUGGCCUGGCCUUCAGCAGUUCUUUUUGUGAAGUAAAACUUGUAUGUUGGAAAGAGUAGAUUUUAUUGGUCUACCCUUUUCUCACAGGUCUAGCUGCUGGCAGCCCUGUGCCAUAUCUGGACUCUAGUUGUCAGUAUCUGAGUUGGACACUAUUCCUGCUCCCUCUGGUUUCUUACAUAUCAGACUUCUUGAAUGAACCUGAUCUUUCCUAAUCCUCACUUUUUUCUUCUUUAAAAAGCAGUUUCUUCACUGCUAAACGUUAGUCAUUGAGGUGGGGCCAAUUUUAAUCAUAAGCCUUAAUAAGAUUUUUCUAAGAAAUGUGAAAUAAAAGUAAUUCCAUUUACUUUUAGAUGAAUGGCAUUGUGAAUGCCAUUCUUUUAGUGAAUUUCAAGAGAAUUCUCUGGUUUUCUGUGUAGUUCCAGACGAGUCACUGUAACUCUAGAAGAUUAACCUUCCAACCAACCUAUUUUCCUUUCCCUUCUCUCUCUCCCCCUCCUUUCCUUCCUUCUUUCCUUUCUCUUCUUUUAUCUCCAAGGUUAAUCAGGAAAAAUAGCUUUUGACAGGGGAAAAAACUCAAUAACUAGCUAUUUUUGACCUCCUGAUCAGGAACUUUAGUUGAAGUGUAACUCUAAAGAAACAUUUUCUCUGAAAUAUAUUAUUAAGGGCAAUGGAGAUAAAUUAAUAGUAGACAUGGUUCCCAGAAAAUAUAAUCAAAAUUCAAAUUUUUUUUGUUUCUGUAACUGGAACUAAAUCAAAUGAUUACUAGUGUUAAUAGUAGAUAACUUGUUUUUAUUGUUGGUGCAUAUUAGUAUAACUGUGGGGUAGGUCGGGGAGAGGGUAAGGGAAUAGAUCACUCAGAUGUAUUUUAGAUAAGCUAUUUAGCCUUUGAUGGAACCAUAAAUACAGUGAAUACAAUCUUUUGCAUUGUUAAGGAGGUUUUUUGUUUUUAAAUGGUGGGUCGAGGAGCUAGUUUACAGGCUUACUGUGAUUUAAGCAAAUGUGAAAAGUGAAACCUUAAUUUUAUCAAAAGAAAUUUCUGUAAAUGGUAUGUCUCCUUAGAAUACCCAAAUCAUAAUUUUAUUUGUACACACUGUUUAGGGGCUCAUCUCAUGUAGGCAGAGUAUAAAGUAUUACCUUUCGGAAUUAAAAGCCACUGACUGUUAAAGUAUAACAACACACAUCAGUUUUUAAAAAGCCUUGAAUGGCCCUUGUCUUAAAAAGAAAUUAAGAGCCAGGUGCGGUGGCACGUGCCUGUAAUCCCAGCCCCUCGGGAGGCUAAGACAGGAGGAUUCGUUGAGCCCUGGAGUUUGAGUGCAGCCUGGGUGACAUAGCAAGACCCUGUCUUAAAAGAAAAAUGGGAAGAAAGACAAGGUGAUAUGAAGAAAGAAGAGAUACCUAAUAUAACGGAGCUGCAAAUUUCAUGGCAGUUCAUGCACUUGGUCAAGAGGAGGAUUUUGUUUUGUAGUUUGCAGAUGAGCAUUUUUAAAGCAUUUUCCCUUGCUGUAUUUUUUUGUAUUAUAAAUUACAUUGGACUUCAUAUAUAUAAUUUUUUUUUUACAUUAUAUGUCUCUUGUAUGUUUUGAAACUCUUGUAUUUAUGAUAUAGCUUAUAUGAUUUUUUUGCCUUGGUAUACAUUUUAAAAUAGGAAUUUAAAAAAUUUUUGUAAAAAUAAAAUUCACAAAAUUGUUUUGAAAAACA